UCACCCCUUGACUAAUUAAAUAAAGAUAGAUUUUAAAUAUUAAUCAUACAAAAUUAAUACAAAAAGAGUGUAAAAAAAAAAUUCAUUUUAUUUACUUUGUAUAUUCAACCUUAAUCCUUAUCUCUCAUAUGUAAUGCCUCGUAAUGAAUUGGUAAUUAGCUAACACGUGUUCUACUUUCUUUAUCAAUUACACCAGUACAUGCCUUCACCGACCAAAAAAAUGCUUAAUUAGCAAAUAAAACAUCACCAAAAUUUUCACAAUUCUUAAUAUAAAACAAUAAAAAAAUUCAAUGCCUAAAAGGGUGGUGGUGACGAAGAGAGAAAUGAUAAGUUAGAACACAAAACAAAAGGAAAAAAAAAACACAAUCAACAAAAUCAAAAUUCAAAUCCAAAUAAUAAUUAUGAAUAAUUAAUUUGCAAAAAGAAAAAAAAAAUCACAUAUCUCUUUCCCAUUUCUCUCUUUUGUCGUGGUUUCUUUUUUGUUUAUCUUCCUCCCUCUCACCAAACUCAUUUUCAAAAGAUAGAAUUAUUGAGUUUUUAUUCCAAUUCAGUUUUGGAUUUUUGGGUUUCCUUAAAUUGAUAGUUUUUUUUUUUGGGUAAUAUGAAUUUUACAAAGCUAAGGGUGCUUGGAUAUUUUCUUUAUUUCCAUAAGAAUUUCUGUUGUGAUUUGAGUGAAAAUUUUAUUAGUCAUGUGAGUUUUUGAUUAUCAAAUUGCAUAAUUUUUUUUGAAAGGUAGUUGGGUUGGCCAUAAUUUGAUAGAAAUUUGAGGAAAACAAGGUUUGAUUUUGAGGUUUUGUGGUUGUUUGAUUAAGCUCAAGUAUAUUUCUUGGGUUACUUAGUUGUCCAUUAUACGAUGGAUCUUAUGGUUGGUGGAAAGUUUAAAUUGGGGCGUAAGAUUGGGAGUGGUUCUUUUGGUGAGCUACAUUUGGGGACCAAUAUAACGAAUGGAGAGGAAGUUGCUGUCAAGUUGGAAUCUAUAAAAACAAAGCAUCCACAACUUCAAUAUGAGUCAAAAUUGUACAUGCUUCUUCAAGGAGGGACUGGUGUUCCUCAUUUAAAGUGGUAUGGGGUUGAGGGUGACUACAAUGUCAUGGUGAUUGACCUUCUUGGGCCUAGCCUUGAAGAUCUCUUUAAUUACUGCACUCGGAAGUUCUCUUUGAAAACAGUUUUGAUGCUUGCAGAUCAACUAAUUAGCAGAGUCGAAUUUAUGCAUUCUAGAGGCUUUCUUCACCGUGAUAUAAAACCUGACAACUUUUUAAUGGGCUUGGGACGCAAAGCAAACCAGGUGUACAUCAUUGACUAUGGCCUUGCUAAGAAGUACAAAGAUCUCCAAACUCAUAAGCACAUACCUUACCGGGAAAACAAAAAUCUCACAGGCACUGCUCGAUAUGCCAGUGUGAACACUCACCUUGGCGUAGAACAAAGUCGAAGGGAUGAUCUGGAGUCCCUUGGUUAUGUACUUAUGUAUUUUUUGAGAGGAAGCCUUCCUUGGCAAGGACUAAAAGCAGGGACUAAGAAGCAAAAGUAUGAUAGAAUUAGUGAGAAGAAGAUGUUGACUCCUAUAGAGGUUAAUUUUGUUUACCUUGAAAUAAACUUGAAUACAUAUAUGAGCUCAUAUCCAUUGUACGUACCUGCUGGAAAGACGGGUGGGCAUAGUGGAGUUGGGCCAUCUACUGAGAGAGCCAAUAAACAUUCAGGGAAAGAGGUUCGUGAAAAGUACACUAAGGAUGUUGAACCUUUCUCAAGGAGAAAUUCAUCAGGUGGGUAUGGCGAGUCAUCAAAACAAAAAUCGUCAGAGGUGGUGACAUCCUCAAAAGAUAUGGCUAAUUCUGUUAGAGGCAACAAUACAUCGACUCGGCAUAGCAACACAUCAAGGAGGGUUGUUGCUUCUACCAACAAGGCUUGCUCUUCUAAUGGAACUAGCGAGCGGUCAAGUCGCUUAGUCUCAAGAAGUGGGCGCCUAUCCACCAGUCAAAGAUUGAAAUUUGGGUCUGAACCUAGUAGAUUAGGAACCCCUUCUCGUCCCCAAAAUUCAAAUAAAGGAGGUCUUGAUGAUGCUGUUAAAAGCUUUGAUUUCCUCUCAAUCGGCAGGGAAAAGAUCCGAAAAUGACUACUUCUCAUUUUACGACAGGCUGAAAGCUAACUCUAAAGAUUUUGGUUUCCAAACUAAAUUCUUGGAUUAAAAUCUCAUUAUUUUCUGUGGAAUUUGAAUUUGAUAUAUUGAUGUGAGUCUAAGUUUUCAACAAGGAUUCAAUGAGUUAUUGAUUACUUCAAAAGUUGGAGGGGCAAUAUAACGUGGGCUCCAUGUUGUGCCAUGUAGUAAUUUGUGCUCUGCUAAGCUUUGGUUGCAGCUUUGACUUCAUUUUCCCCAUUUUCCUUACGAAGGUUGUUGUACUUCUCUGUAUCCUAUUAUGUAAUUGUA